CCUUUUUUAUUAAUCGGUCCCAUUUGCCCGCUCUAGCGAAAAGAAACCCUCGUUAUCAUCGCUCGCGCAACGUGAAACGAUGUCUACGUGCUGAGUGCGUAUCACGCGACACGAAGGAGUUAAACCGUCGAGGAAAGGCGCCAAGUCCCAUCGAGAAAGAGAGGGUCAGGAGAAGGAAAGAGACGUCUCGCAUGUUCAAAAUCCGGGGCCUGAUUUUCCACACGAGUUCACCGCGCCGCAGAUGAUGCCCAUGCCAGAGGAUGCUACUAGCUCGUCUUAAGCAAUGUCUCAUAGGGAUAUCUCUGAGGUGGAGCCCGAAGGUACGUCGGCCUUGGCCGCUGGAUCCAGGGCAUUAUUCUUAGAAACAGUGCGCAGGAGUAACACGGCGUGUCAGAAUGGAGAUUAUGCACUCGCCGCGACAUUGUAUACGGAAGCCCUCGUCCUGGAUCCCCUCAGUCAUGUAUUAUACUCAAACAGGUCGGCCGCGAGGCUCAAAAUGGGAUUGUUCGCGCUCGCAUUGCAGGAUGCUGUCAGAGCCACUGAAUUGAGUCCACAAUGGCCAAAAGCGUACUAUCGACAAGGAGUAGCGCUGCAAUGCCUGGGACGUCACGGAGAAGCUCUCGUUGCCUUCAGCACAGGAUUAGCCCACGAUGCGUCCAACUGUCAAUUACUGUCCGGUUUAGUAGAAGCAUCCCUGAAGUCGCCGCUGCGGCCGACGUUGGAGCCGACGUUUCAACAACUGCGCGCGAUGAAGCUCGACGAGUCCCCGUUUGUCGUCAUAUCCGUGGUCGGCCAAGAGCUACUCGGAGCAGGGCAAUAUAGAGCGGCUGCUGGGGUAUUGGAGGCUGCGCUUACCAUCGGCUCGUGUAGCUUGAAAUUGAGGGGGUCCGUGUUCUCCGCUCUGUCCAGUGCAUACUGGGCACUGAAUUCUUUGGAUAAGGCUAUAAACUAUAUGCAGCAAGAUCUGGGAGUGGCGCGUUCCCUGGGAGACACGCAGGGUGAGUGUAGAGCCCAUGGGAACCUGGGCUCCGCUUAUUUCAGCAAGGGCAGCUUUAAGGAAGCCCUAACGGCGCACAGAUACCAACUCGUUCUGGCUAUGAAGUGUAAGGACACACAGGCGGCGGCUUCAGCCUUGACCAGCUUGGGACACGUUUAUACGGCCAUCGGCGAUCUACCGAACGCUCUAGCUUCACAUAAACAGUGCGUGCAACUGGUAAAACAAAUGGGGGAUCGGCUGCAGGAGGCGCGUGAGAUCGGUAACGUCGGGGCGGUUUAUUUGGCGAUGGGAGAGUUCGAGAGUGCCGUCGAUUGUCACACGCAACACCUGAGGAUAGCCAGACGACUGGGUGAUCGCGUCGAGGAAGCGAGAGCCUUCAGUAACCUGGGAUCGUCUCAUCACUAUCGCCGGAAUUUUGGACAGGCGAUGGCUUAUCACGAAAAUGUUUUGAGAAUAGCACAGGAGCUCGGAGACCGAGCAAUAGAGACUAGGGCGUACGCAGGAUUAGGUCAUGCUGCUAGAUGUGCAGGCGAUCUGGCGCAAGCCAAGCUUUGGCAUCAAAGACAGCUUGACGUAGCAUUGGCCACGAAGGACAAGGUGGCCGAGGGACGAGCCUGCAGCAAUCUGGGAAUAGUUUAUCAGCUACUCGGCGAGCACGAUGCCGCUUUGAAGUUGCAUCAGGCUCAUUUGGGAAUCGCGAGAUCGCUCGGUGACAAAGCUGGCAUGGGUAGAGCGUACGGUAACAUCGGUAACGCUUAUAAUGCUUUGGGUUAUUACGAACAAGCCAUCAAGUAUCACAAACAGGAACUGACGAUAAGCAAAGAGGUUAACGAUCGCAGCUCGGAAGCUAGCACACACGGAAAUUUGGCGGUUGCGUAUCAGGCUGUGCAGGGCCACGAGGCGGCAUUGCGGCACUACAGGGCUCACCUGGCUAUAGCGCGCGAAUUGAAAGAUACGGCUGGCGAGGCGUGCGCCCUGCUAAACCUCGCAAAUUGCCUGUCCUCGCGCGGCAGAUUCGAGGAGGCGGUGCCGUAUUACGAGCACUAUCUGAUGCUGUCGCAGGAACUGCACGAUGUAGAAGGCGAGGCUAAAGCGUGCCACUUUCUAGGAUACGCUCACUACUGCCUGGGAAAUCAUCGGGAAGCGGUCAGGUACUACGAUCAGGACCUGGCGCUGGCAAAAGACCUGCAGGAUAAAUCCGGAAUGGGAAGAGCCUACUGUAAUUUAGGAUUAGCUCACUUGGCGUUGGAGAACUUGGACACCGCUUUAGAGUGCCAAAAAUAUUAUCUAGCGAUUGCACACAUGACCAAGCAUUUGGCUGGCAAGUUUCGUGCACUGGGAAACAUCGGUGACUGUUUGCUGCGUAUGGGGGAGGUCGAGGAAGCUAUCAAGAUGCAUCAACGCCAACUGAACUUGGCACGACAGGCUGCCGAUCGUGGUCUAGAAGCAGCUGCUUAUGGCGCAUUGGGGAUUGCUCAUCGAACUACGAAGAACUUGGAUAAAGCUCUGGGUUUUCACACGCAGGAGUUAACUCUGCGGCAAGAGGCCAGUGAUUUGCGCGGCGAAUGUAGGGCACACGGAAACUUGGGCGCGGUGCACAUGGCAUUAGGGCAAUACACUCACGCAGUCAAGUGUUAUCAAGAGCAAUUGGAAAGGGCGAAGGAACUGGCGGAUUCCGGAGUUGAAGCUCAAGCAUUAGGGAAUUUGGGCAUAGCCAGACUUAAUAUGGCGCAUUACGAGGACGCCAUCGGUUAUUUCGAGCAACAGUUAGCAACUCUAGAACCACUGACGACCGGUACGGCUUUACUUGACAAAGCUCGGGCACUCGGGAAUUUGGGAGAUUGUUAUGAGGCCCUGGGCGAUUUGGAGGAGGCUAUCAAGUGCCACGAGCAACAGUUGACAGCCGCAACAAAAUUGAAAAGUAUCAGGGAUCAAGAGAGAGCGUACAGGGGACUGGGGAGAGCGCGCGAGGCAACUGGAAAUUUGCAGGAAGCCUUAGUAUGUUUUGAGAAAAGACUAGUUGCCGCUCACGAAGUGGAUAGUCCUGAAGCGAGAGGUGCUGCUUACGGUGAUCUAGGUAGAGUACAUGCGGCGUUAGGUAAUCACGAGCAGGCUGUUAGUUGUCUGUCCCACCAAUUGGCUCUCGCUCGAGGGCUCGGUGACAAAGCGGCAGAGGCCGAAGCCGCCAGCGGCUUAGGGGCGGUUCAUCUUCUCAUGGACGAUCCUAAUUCUGCGUUACGUCAUCAUCAGUUGGAACUAUCCAUCGCCGAGGGUCUGGACGCGGCUGGGUUGCAAGCACGCGCUUGCGCCAAUUUGGGUGUAACUCAGGAGACACUAGGACAGUACGAAGAAGCUAUAAGGUUGCAGGAACAGUCGCUGAGCUUGGCGGCUGCCGCGGGCGAUCAACCAGCUCGAGCAGCAGCUUUCGCGAGCCUGGGCCGACUCCACCAUCUAUGCGGGGACUUGCCUCGCGCUCUGAGUUAUCUGCAGUCCGGUCUGUCCUUGUCCGAGGGUCUAGGACGAAGAGAAGAGACAGCGAGAUUGAGACACAGACUUGGUCUCGUGCACUGGGAAGCCGGAGAAGCGAGCAUCUCCGUGGAACACUUGGAGAAGGCAGCGAAUUUGUUAGAAUCGUUAGACGGAACUUCUGUGUCUCUUACUUGUGGUCAACCCAGUCGAGCCGAGUUGCUGUCAGAGACGUACAGGAUGUUGCAGAAAGUGCUGAUUAGCUUACAUCGAGCAGAGGAGGCUCUGAACUGGGCGGAGAGAUCUAGACGAUCUAAGAGUAACUCCUUGGACGAUGCGGCUCAUUAUUCCGAGAUCAUUGAUCGUCAACGCGGAGUCAUCUUAUAUUACAGCGAGGUGGGAUGUGAACUGCACGCGUGGUGCUUGGCGCCAGGACGUGGACUGCUACGAUUCCACUCCACCACGUUGGACGACGGCGUUGGUUUGGAAAAAAGAGUUCUUCAAGCGCGCGAGGCGCUCUUGGACGAGAGCAAUGAACUCAUCGAAGAAUCCACCAAGAUUCCAUCGAGAGGCCAUCACUUGAACGCCAGUUCUUACAGUUUGAGCAGUCUCUUCAGCGUCGGCUCCGUGAGCUCUCGCGCUGGGAGUGCCCGUUGGGGACGGGGCGCGAAAGGACCCACAUGGCAGGCGCCGUUGCCGAUACAGGUGCUUUAUGAUCUUCUCCUUGCCCCCUUCGAGGACCUGCUACCACCGCCGCGAAAGGAGCUGAUCAUGGUGGUGGAGAAGUCCCUUUAUCUGGCGCCGUUCCCAGCAUUGCAGUCCAAUCCGGGCGAGGAUUACCUAUGCGAGAGAUUUUCGCUAUUGGUGGUGCCGUCCCUCGCGGCUCUCAGAAAAAGAUCGAAAACACCUGUGCUAGAAGGCGGUGCUACCGUAGCUGCACUGGUCGCUGGCAAUCCCGUCCUGCCAGAGGAUAUUCGAGAGGAGUACGGAUGGCCCGAGAGUGUCGCCUCCACCGAAACCGAGUCGGAGAUAGUCGCCGAGUUGUUGGAGGCUCGCGCAAUGACCGGACUCGAAGCUACGAGAUCGGCGGUUUUACGGUCUCUCCCUGAUGCGGAGUGCGUUCACCUGACAGUGCCGGUUUUCUGGAACACCGGUGGCUUAGCAUUUUCGCCGGAUCAGUGCGAAGAUCCGUCCGACAGGCCGGAAUAUCUGAUAACUCAGGCAGAUUUGCUGAAGCUGAAAAUGUCUGCUCGCUUAGUGGUUGUGUCCAGCGGUCACAGUUGGAAUAACGUAGAAUGCACGAGCGCUACAUCGGACCGCAUGCAGAAUCUCGCUAGGACCCUUUUGAGCGCGGGCGCGCAAUGCGUGUUGAUAGGGAUGUGGGCAGUGCCGCCGACCGCUGGCAGUAUUUUGCUGCGAGCAUUUUACAGUGCUAUGCUGCAAGGUGCGAGAGCGUCGCGGGCGCUGGCCGAGGCGAUGCAAACUGUUCAACAUACCAGACAUUUCGCUCAUCCCGCCAACUGGGCCGGUUGGCUGCUCAUCGGCGGGGACGCGAGACUGUCUAAUAAGGUUGCUCUUAUGGGCCAAGCGCUGGCCGAGUUGUUGCGCGGCGGUCCCGAGCAGAGCAGGGACGCGCUGCGGGUGACGCUUCACUUGGUGGAAAAAUCAUUGCAGAGGAUUCAUCGCGGGCAGAAGAAUGCCAUGUAUACGACUCAGCGCAGUAUUGAGAAUAAAGUAGGCGCGGCCACCGGCUGGCGUGAGCUCCUGAUGUCCGUAGGAUUCAGGUUCGAGCCAGCCGGCAAUGGAAUACCAUCCUCCGUGUUCUUCCCUCAAAGCGAUCCCGAAGAGAGACUGACAAGAUGCAGCGCCAGCUUGCAAGCUCUACUAGGAUUAGGCCAAUCAUCAUUGCACGCUUUAGCCAGACUCUUACAGGCACCAGAAAUUGCAGAGGAUGUUAUUGCCGCUAUGAGGAGAGCCAGUUGUGCCACAGAAGGACAGGAAGUCAUUUUGCCUGUACACGUUUGGAGAGCAUCAGGAUCGCAUGAACUGUUUGCUAGCUUAGGCUUUGACUUGAUGGAAGUUGGUCAAUCCGAAGUUACAUUGAGAACAGGCAAACAAGCGUCGCGUAGGGCCGUCCAGUUCGCUCUGCAAGCUCUUCUUGCAUUAUUUGACACGCAAGAAGCACCGAAAAGUCUUAGCUUGGAUUCGAGCAGCUCAAUGGAGAGUCUAGCUUCCGUGGCUCAUACGGAGAAAAACCUCGUCGAGCGGCCUCGUUUAGGAGGAGCGUUUGCAAGCUACGUACGACAUCGUGGCGAACCAGAUGGGAAAACCAUGGAACCACCGAAUGUCCUGAUACCGGCAUCGCGACAACCAUGUCAAAAUGGUGGAGGUGAAUCAGACGUGGCGUUCACGCCCAGUCCUCCCGUGGCGCUGAAUUUGAGCCAUCAAACACGUAUCCGCAAUCUCUAUCCCGACCAAAACGUGAGACCCGGCUCGAGCUCGAGCAGCUCGGUGACAGACUGGGACAACGGUCACACCACGGUGCUGAGACGUCAACCGCUGCCGUCGCUGCCGGCUACCGUGCUGGAAAGGCUGAGCGUGAGAACGGAAGUCGGCAACAAUUCGUCAAGGAAAACGCGACAUUCCGCGGCGACGAGCGAGGAUAUCUGCCCGCAGAGCGACGCCACGCAGUCAACAGAGACGCAUCCUCAAAAUCUGAGGAACCUGGCUACCUCCCUGACGAGCUUGACGCGCGAGCUCACGCCCACGAUCUCCGAGGUUUAUCACGAGCGAAAUUUAGGAUUAGGCUUAGCGCCGUCCCUGUCGAAAUUACUGGAGGAGGUGGGCACCGUGCCCGAGAAUUGCGAGGAGCCGCAAUCGGUGAAAGUCGGAAGUCAGACGCAAAAUUGGAUACAGAACGAGCCGGAGCUCUGUCGGAGGGACGAAGCCGACGGCAGAUCUAUCGCGGAAUCGCAGUGCAGCGCCGCCAGUUCGAAUAAAAUACCUCGGAAAGCUCCCGCGCCGCCGGUGUAGAGAUUAUUUAUAUUUAUAAGUUAAAAAAAUAUAUUAACACUGGAGUAUAAUAAUGGGUACCAAAGAACGGGAGUGACACACAUGAGAAAAGUAAUUUGUUAGUCUUGCGGGCCUGGCAGAGAAUGAUUGACGAGAGCGCGUAAUCGAACUUGCCAAUAUCUCGUAGUAUUCGAACUGAGACACUUGUAGAGGAGGGAUUAGGCGUCUUAAAUGCCUUGAUAUUCACUAGAGGCGUUUUCCAGAUGUCUCGUACAUACGUGCGAGCUCAGUUAUGUUAUACGAAGAUGAAAUAAUGCCGCUAAUAGGCGCUAAGUAUGCUCAAGUAUAGCUGCAAUUGUAAUCCGUCCAAACGAUUAAUUGUUAACAGUUUAGUUACUAAAAGUAUGUAAAGUGACGUGUGUAAAGCUCGGAUGUUAAUCAGCUGGAAAGAAGACUCUUUUGCGCAUUUGUACUUAUCCUCGCUUAACUGUCCACGACAAAUAAUUUUAGCUGCACUGACAUCCGAGCCCCAACUGCAUUUGAGCAUUGUGUUUCUGGCAUAUAUUGUACGGAAAAACAUGGAAAAUGCAAAAGUCAACUCUGAAUAAAUAUCCACAAUGCUA